AGCAUGAAUUAAGUUUAGUCGUUUACUCUUAUUCCAACAAAUGAGUGAAAGAACCAUAGUUCCAAUAUUCGUCUUCUGGGCUUUCCUCACAAUCAUCACACCGACACUUGUUCUCUUGUCAGAGAAUUCAAAGCGGGACUUCGAUUUCUAUGGCAAUUCAACGGAGGUAGCAGAUGAUAGAAGAGUGAUGGGUCAAAGAGAGUAUCCUAUCGAAAAAACAACGCCGUGCACGACGGCUGUAGCUGCGGAGGAGUUGACCCCUGCACCAGCACAAGGACCAAUUGUGUCAUUACCUGCCGGAGCUAACUUGACGGCGUCCCACCAUAAUGGUAGUGCUGGAUGCAAUAAAACUGAUCAGGGACCGGCGCAAUUGCUUCCCAGAAAACACCUCAAGCAAACAAAACUCCAAUCCUCACUGGAUAGCAGCUGAAGGGAAUGGCUU